ACCCUAUUGGAAAUUUUAGCUUAAAAGUACUUAAAGAAACAAAAUAAUAGAAUUAUUAAAAUAAAUUGAGAAAAAAAUGGGAAACUACAGCGACGAGGAAGAGGACGAUACCUUCUACUACCGCUACUCCUCCGCCGCCGCACCGCCGCCGCCAUCGGACACGGCAUCCAAAUCCUCCCGCGGCGGAGGCAGGGGGAGCCUAGCACCGUCGAAAUCGACGGUCUACAUCAGCAACGUGGACUACAACCUGACGAACUCCGAUCUACACAUAAUCUUCUCCACCUUCGGGAAAGUGGCGAAAGUCACGGUCCUCAAGGACCGGGCCACGCGCCGGAGCAAGGGCGUGGCGUUCGUCCUCUUCGUGAGCCGCGACGACGCCGUGAAGGCCGCCGAGGGUAUGGACAAGAAGGUGCUCAACGGGCGAACCCUACGCGCCUCGAUCGCGUCGGACAACGGACGCGCGUCGGAGUUCAUCAGGAAGAAGGUGUACAAGGACAAGAGCAGGUGCUACGAGUGCGGAGAGGAGGGCCAUUUGUCCUACGAGUGUCCCAAGAAUUUUUUGGGGCCCAGGGAGCGGCCGGUGGCGAAGAGAGGGCGGCGCAGCGGCGGCGGCGGAGGAGGAGAAAGUAGAGGGAAGAAUUAUGAGGGUAAUUUUGAGGAGGAGGAGGAGGAAGAGGGAGAUGCUGUUUUCGAGACGGAGAAUUGGGCGUCAGUGGUGGAUGGUGAUGGGGCGGCGGAGGAGAGGUUGUUGCAGGGUGGUGUGGUGAAGAAAGAGAAGAAGGGUAAGAAGAAAACUGGUUAUUUUAGUGAUGAGAGUGAUCAUGAAGAUUAACUCUGCUACUGUGUGUGUGUGUUUUUCUUCCUCUUUUUUUUUUUUUAAAUUUAAUUUAAUUUUUCUUGGUGGUGUU